AUGCGAAUCGAAAGCUUCGGUGCUCUGGGCGAGAUCCAUGUGAACGGUGUUCCAGUCAAUCGGAUCAAGUCGCUUGAGUCACAGCUCCGAGCAGCGCAAGACAGGCCUGCCGAUGGGUCUCCUCUGGGCAACGAGGAGCAAGCCAGAGAAGAAUCACCUAUGAGGCUGCCGGAAGCAGAGCCUCCGGGCUCAAUCAAAAUCCGCCGUUACGGCCAUGCAGCCUAUCUCGGCCACAGCUCGACACUCAGCUUCAGCCGCAAUGUUCGAAACCUUCUUCAGUCUUCGACUCCUAUCGCAGAUCCGGGUAGUGUAUCUAUAGAGCGCGAAGAUGUAUCCUACAGUUCUCCUCUCCCACCUCUUGCACUAGACCUCACAAAAGUCCCAUUACCCCAACUCUCUUAUGCAGAAUACUUGACCAACACUAUUGUUCUAACCUUUGGGUCACUAUACUCUUUGUUCGACGCCGAAGCGUUUCUGGAGAAGCUGAGAAUGUUCUACUCGGAACGUGCUACAGGAACUGUCCCGAACCCAUGCCUCUGGCAUAUUCAGAUGCUUCUAGUCCUAGGUCUCGACAUGCUUCAAGAGGCCUACGUAACGAUCGGCAACGCUUUACGUAUUGGGACAACCAAGAUAAUGAAUGUGUCAAUGCCCGAAGCAUUGAGACCACCAAACGUCGAGUACCAAAGGAGGCUCUGGUGGACAGUCUACUGCAUAGACAGAAAAACCGCUGCCAUGCUGGGAAGCACUAUGGUAGUCCGAGACGAUGACAUCUCCAUACCUUUCCCUAAAACGAAGGCCGGGGAUGAGGUCCAGAACAUCUUUGCUAUCCACGUCACUCUCUCAUCCCACCUCGGGAGGAUUCUCGACGUCAUAUACGGAGUACACAAUCAAAAGCAGCGUACCUUUGUGACACAAGUCAGAGAAAUCCUUGAACGUCUGGUAGAGACUCUUGUUGUCCUACGAGAACACUUGGACUUGGACCUAGACGCGCCGUCGCAGCCCCUCACCCGCGAUGCUGCCACUUUACACCUGCUUCUUCAUCAAGUUCGUGAGAGCACCAAACAUUCGAGAGACAUGACGCUGAUCAGGGGUACAUCGGCGAUCCAAAUCCUCAAGAUCAUGGCUGCGCUGAAACAGCAGAUGAUGUGCGACGCCCUAUUUUCUGCAGCCUUUGCGCUAGUCUUGAUAGAUAUCAUCCGACCCGCGAAUGAACUGCUGUGGGACUUGCCUCAGGCCAUACACCUACUCGACGAAUACGUGUCACGGCAUGUGGCGCCUGCACAGGCUUACCGGUCAGAUCUAUUACAGCUUGUGGAGCUGCACACCAAGCUUCGUGGCAGCGGCGAUAUCGCAGACGCACACCGGCAAGAUGAAGGCCAGGAAGCGGAAAGCAACGCUAGACACACUCCUAGUAUGGUUAGAAACGCCAUCGCUAAUGCUGAUCCAUCGGGGGCCUCCGGCAGCCCGGUAUGGUCGCAAGUUCGACCUGGUAAUGAUGGUUCUGCGCCGACGAAUCUGGAGACAAUGAUGUCUGUUAUAGACGACCUGAAUGUUCACGAGUCAGAUAUUAUCGAUGCCGCAAUGCUCGAGGGCGGCUGGAUGUGGGAGGAUGACAACAUGUGGACGGCUGCAUAG